UGUAUUGCUAUUUUGUUCGAGUCGUCUAGCUGCUGACACGAUGACUGUUGGAUAUUGGGAGUGUACGAUCAUCAAAUUGGGAGAUGCAGCAUACCACGAUAUCCUGGCUUCGGCUGGGCUUGAAAUAACCCUUUUGCUGUCCUCCGCUCUUUGCAUCAGUGGCUUCCUAGGUUCGAGCGAGGGCAUUUGUGUAGCUGAGAUGUGUGUCUUCGUGAAAAACAUGUCGAGAGAGUCGUAUUGGCAUUCGCAUCAAGCGCAUUGCGCAUUUUUCGAAGAUUGGCCUCCUUCCAGGGACCUUGAUUUUUACCCGCUGGCACUGACGUCUUUUAAUUGGUCAGCCGGUUAGCCCGGUCGAUGCUAAUAAUAAAACACACACAAACACACACGCGGACAGACGGAACACAGAAAACGCGGAUACACGUGCUGCUGCAGACCCUAAGAGCUUUACGCAGAGGCGCACCAUACCUUGUGCGGACGGUGAACUGUGUUAUCAGCAAGACACAACGCCGCCAGCCCCUCAUGGCCACGUCUGCAAGGGAGGGUGUGGCGGCCGGCUCCACGGCAAUUGUGGCAGCAUGUUUGAGGACAACGAAAUGCACCGCAUCUACAGCAAGNACCCGAAGAAGACGAAGGGGGGGAGUAAGAAGGGUUCUGGUUCUCGUGCGGGGCCGGACAACAAGAAGCUUGAAAUGCUGAAGGCGAUGGAUGCCAAGGUCUCCUACGUGCAGGUUGCAGACCGCUUCUCGUGCUCGGUUCGGUUUCUUGCGACGGUGAGGUCUGACCGGAAGGCGAUCGAGGCGGCGGCAGCUGCAGGCAACGGUUGCCAGAAAAAUGCACGCAAAGGAGACUUUCCGGAGGUGGAUAAGAUAUCUCUUGAUCUGCUCGAGAAAGCCCGGCAGGCCAAGAUUCCCGUCACACGCGAUGUCUUUCGAAGCUUUGGCCGUUCCGCCAGGGUAACCCUGCUGGCUGACCCUGCGACUUCUGAAGCGGUGAGGGCGAGGGUCGAGGACUUCAAGGCCGGCGAGAAGUGGGCAAAGAAGUUCGUGAAGCGCAACAAAAUCCAGAGCGUGAGACUUCAUGGCGAGGCUGGUAGCGUCGACAGCGCGGCCAUCAAGGAGGGCAUGGACGAAAUCAGGGCCCUUUGCGCGAAGUACCCAGCUAGGUUCAUCUUCAACGUCGACAAGACAGGCCUCCAGUGGAAGCUCAUGCCCAGGCGCACCAUGUACUUCAAGGAUCGACUAUCUGCCAUCAUGUGUUGCAAUGCCGACGGCAUAGCGAAGGUUGACGUGGCCAUCAUCGGGAGGGCAAAGGAACCCCGCUGCUUGAAGAACGUGGCUUGCCCUGUGAAGAACUUCGCGCAGACCAACGCGUGGUCCGACUCCGCGACGUUCCUCAAGAGGAAGGAGCUGCUCGAUGCGAAGACAUCAACCAUGUUGGUGGCUGACACACUUCGUGCCGAGGCCAAGGCCCGCAAGAUGAAGGCCGAGACAAUGGGGCUGGCGCAAGGGUACCGACCUCACCUGCGAGACGCCGCUGAACUUCUCACGAGAGCAUGGGCCAGCGUCACCGCCCAGGACAUUGCUAGGUGCUUUGUCAAAGUCGAGACGCUUCCUUUCGAGAUGGCGGCUGAGCUCACCAAGCAACACGGAAAGAACCAGCGCCACGUCGCCGAGCCUGACUUGAAAGCUCUCACGGGGACUGUAAACACGUUGAGCACGAUCGUGCACAACGCACAGCAGCAGGGAUCCCCCAUCCGAGACGAGGAGAUCAGCGAACUGCUCGCAGAGCUCAACAUCGAACCCGGAAAGCCGGUCAGGGAGGAAACGGCGGACAUGAUUCAGGGGUGGGCUACCAUCGAGGACUACGAUGAGGUGGUAGAGGCUCUUCGAAGGAACGCGUUGGACGGAAUGACGGCGCUGCUGGCAGAAGCGCGCUUGUCUACUGGCGAGGAGGACGACGACGAGGAGGAGGACGAACAACAGGGCAGUGGCGAUGAUAACACGGGGCUCGAGCGCCGUGCCCCACCGGCAUAUGGCGAACUUGCGCCUCACUUCGGUGUCCUGGAAGCGGCAGCAGACGAGAGUGGCAACGGAGACACGGUGUUCUACCUAACGAAAGCGAAGAUGGCGAUAAUAGCGGCGCAUUCCGCUAAGCGGGUGCGCCAGGCAGACAUGAAAGAGUUUGUCACGACGUAGUGAAGUUUUUUUUUUUUUUUGAGCGCUUCCUGUCGGCUUGUCUUGGCGUGUGUCUUUAUUUUUUUCGUACAACAUCGAAGUGGGUGCGCCGGGCAGCCAUGUUAUAAUUUAUUUCGUUUCAUGCCCCACCUUCCUCCUGCGGUGCGUGCUGAAUUUUAUUUUUAUCGCGAGAAGGGUCCAGCCGUCCCCUUCCCUCGUCAACGGUGCUAACGUCGAAGUUUGGUACUCACGAGAGCUUUUGAGCUAUAUUUCGCUUUCACCAGCAAAUUUCGUAAAUUUUUCACCCCAUGGAGAUUCG